AGUUCACCCGCUAUAAAGCCGGGUCCGGGCAGCUUCAUUCAUUGCACUCCCGGCAUCGCUGGCAGCGGCACGUGGGGCCUCUGCGCGAGCGGGCUUGGGGCUGCGGCGAUGCGGCGGGCGCCGCGGGACGUGCGGGCGGCCGCCACUUGCCUGCCGGUGCUGCUGCUGCUCUCCGGCGUGGAGCUGCGGGCGCCGGCGGCGGGCGACGAGCGGCUGCAGCUCGAAGCCGUCAAACGGGGCAUCCUGGAGCGCCUGGGCAUGGCCGGGCCCCCCGCGGGCCGGCGGCCGCUGGACCCCGACGGCGUCCGGCGGGCGCAGCGGCUCUACGCCGAGAAGGUGGCCGAGCUGAUGGGCAACCGGAGCCGGGCGGCGGCGGAGGAGGAGGAGGAGGAGGAGGAGGAAGGCGGCGUGUCCGGACGGAGCAGCGUGCACCGGCUGGCCGUCACAUUGCAGCGGCAGCCGGACCCCCCCAGCAGCCAGCAGGACCCCCCCGGCACCUCCCGCUACGAGCUGCUGCUGACCCGCACGGCGGCUUUCCAGCAGCGGCUGCGGGUGCUGCGGGCAGAGCUGAGCCUCUUCAAGCAGGCGCUGGGCACCCCCGGCUCGGUGCCGCCGCCGCGCGUCCGCGUCUCCCGGCUGCCGGCGCCCGGCGCGGCCCCCCAGCCCCUGCGCGAGCAGCCGCUGCCCCCCGGCACCGCCCUGGACCUCACGGCGGCCGUGCGCCCCUGGGCCGCCGGCUCCGAGGAGACGCUCCGCUUGGAGCUGGCCUUCCCGGCCAACGCGGCGGCCCUGCUGGCGGAGGAGCCGGUGCUGGCGGUGCGGACGCGGACGCGGAGGCGGCGGGGCGGCAGGCCGCGCCGAGCCCGGGCGCUGGAGGACGAGUGCCGCAAGAGCGACGGCAAGUGCUGCCUGCGCUCGCUCAAGGUCUCCUUCCAGGACAUCGGCUGGGCCGACUGGGUGGUGGCGCCCAGCAGCUACUACAUGCGCUUCUGCGCCGGCUCCUGCCCGCACAACUACAAGGCGGCCAGCAUGCACGCGCAGGUCAAGGCCCGUCUGCACGCGCUGGCCGGGGCCACGCCGGCGCCCUGCUGCGUCCCCGCCGCCUACGACCCCAUGGUGCUCAUGCACUACGACGGCGACGGCCGCCUCGUCUCCACCGUCUUCGAGGACAUGCUCGUCACCAAGUGCCACUGCGCCUGACGGCCGCCGCCGUGCACCCCGCCGCCACCCCCGCCGCCGCCCCGCUCCGGGCGCGGGAACGGCCCUGCCCCGGUUUGCACGCCACGGGCUGCCGUGGACUCGUACGGACUUAUUUAUACCGCUUCUUAUUUAUUUAUUUAUUGUAUUUUAUGGCUGUGGGAAUACUUUGUUGGGAACGUUUGUUCGUUUGUGUUUUAUAUGUUUCUAUAACGGACCGCCGCGGCGAUGCCGAGGAAUAAAGCGAUGCAAACGCGG